AUGGCUGCAUUAUCAAGUAUUCCACAAUGUCAAAAUCUUGAAACAUUUACACUUGUUUGGCUCGAUAGUUUAGUUAAUAUUUCACAAGAAAAUAUUGAUACGAAGGUAUUACUUCGAAAUGCAAUUAAUAAUUUACAAGCAUUCGAUGAUAGUGAUAAAUGUGUGGAAUACAUUCAACUUGUGUCUGAAGAAAGAAUUGUUCUGAUUGUUAGUGGUCGACUAGGACGAGAAGUUGUACCACGUAUUCAUCAACUUCCACAUCUAAUUGCAAUCUAUGUUUAUUGUACUGAUAAGAAACGAAAUGAAGAAUGGGCUAAUAAUUAUAUGAAAAUAAAAGAUGUAAUCGUUGAUUUAACUACAUUAAUUACAAGAAUCCAAUCUGAUCAAAGUAAACGAAAUGAAUAUAAAAUUGAUGAACCAUUACCAAUAAGUUUUUUUCAUACAAAAACUCAUCAGAAAAAAAGUUCACGUAUUGAUAAUGAUAACUUUAUUCAUUUACAAGUAUUAAUCGAUUGUUUAAGUCGAAUGAAAUCGACUUUAAAGGAUAAAAAUGAACUUAUUUCAUUAUGUGAAAAUGAAUAUAAUGGAAAUCAAACUGAAUUAAAUGUUAUUCAUGAAUUUGAAGAAAAAUAUUCAGAAGAUCGAGCCAUAUGGUGGUUUACAAGAGAAAGUUUUGUUUGUCGUAUGUUAAAUAAAGCAUUUCAAGUUAUAAACAUCGAUUUAUUAUAUCAUUUACACUUUUUUAUUCGUGAUAUUCGAGAACAAUUAAUAGAAAAUAAAUGUUCAUCUGUAAUCCAUACUUAUCGUGCUCAAUUAAUGUCAAAUGAAGAAGUACAAGCAUUGAAAGAUUCUAUUGGAGAAUUAAUUUCAAUUAAUACAUUUCUUCCAACAAUCCCGAAUCAUCAACGAGCACUUACAAUUUUAGAAAAUUCAGAUAUGUCUCAUGAUUUAAAACGAGUUCUUUUUGAAAUAAAUGCCGAUCCACAAUUAAGUGAACUCAGACCAUUUAGUAAUAUUACUUCAUUAAAUUAUUUUACCGGUAUCGAAGUUAUCUUAUUCAUGGCCGGAACAAUUUUUCGUCCAACUGAUAUUCAUGAAGAAAAUGGUAUUUUAGUUAUUCAAAUGGAAGUAUGUAGUGAUAAUCAUAAAACAAUGAAGAUAAUUUUAGAAAAUAUGAAAGCUGAAUGUUAUAAUGGUGAAACGAAUCUACUUUCAUUUAGUAAUAUACUUUUAAAAAUGAAAAGAUUUGGUGAUUCGGAAAAAUAUUAUAAUCGAGUUUUACAUGAUAUGCCUAAUGAUUAUCAUUCAGUUGCACAUUGUUAUCAAGGACUUGGUAAUGUAGCUAUGGAAAAACAUGAUUAUGAUUUAUCUCUUGAAUGGUAUCAAAAAGCACUUGAUACGAAUCGACUUGUAUUAAGAUCGGAAGAUCCCGAAAUUGCUUCUGGAUAUAGUAUUAUGGCAGAUGCUUAUGUUAAGAAAGGUACAUUUAAUGAAGCAUAUGAAUUAUAUACACAAGCAUUACAAAUAUGGAUUCGUGCAUUAGGUAAAGAUCAUCCAAAAGUUGCAACAUGUUAUAAAAAUAUGGCUUGUGCUUUUAAAAUGGAAGAAAGAUAUUCCGAAGCACUUGAAUAUUUUACAAAAGCUUUGGCAAUUCGUGAAAAAAAAUCUUCCGAUCAUCAACUUGAUGUGGCUAAGUUACAUAACUAUAUUGCAGAUAUUUAUAUGUCACUUAAUGAUAUGGAUCAAGCAUUAAAACAUUAUAAUUCAGCUCUUGUAUGUCUUACAAAAAUUUAUUCUUCUAAACAUAUAGAUGUUUUAUUAAUCAUUCGAAAUAUUGGUCUGUGUUAUGAAACAUUGGGUGAUCUAAAUCAAGCUUUAGCACACUUUGAAAAAGUAGCUUUAAAACGUCGUCAGUUGUUAUUAUCAGAUCAUUCAGGUGUUAUUCAAAUUUCAGAUGAUAUUGAACGUGUAUCGUCUAAAUUGAGUAAUAUUGCAGAAUUUUAA